CCCUCCCUCCCGGCGAGGUGACGCAAGAGGGCGUGUCCAAACAAAGGACAGAGCGGACUCCACAAUGGGAGACAGUUUUCGUGAGCAGCUGAUAGAGGACAGCGCCUUCCUCAGAGCUGAGCGGAGGUUGGACACGGACCUGGUGGACAAAGUCAUCCUUCAGCUCAACAGGAUCUACCCACAGAUCCUCACAGACAAGGAGGCCACCAAAUUCCGAAAGUUGGACGUGCCCACUGGUGUUCGACUGGGUGAGCUACUGACACACCUGCAGGGGAAAGGAGAGGAAGCAUGCAGGGAGUUUUACAGAGCUCUUCACCUGCAUGUAGAGGAGGUGUACUACAGCCUACCCACACGGCUCCGCCUCAGAGAUUACUCAAAUCCACUCAACUAUCCACAUGUCCAGCAGAGGUAUAUUCUGAACGACAGAGGUCCCCUGUUCUUUCUGGGCUGUUUCAGUGUUGCAGUUGGAAUGGCUUUCCUCUAUUACUACAGUGAGUCCAAAUUGUCAGGAGGCAGCCGGGCCCUCGGGAUGGCCGCUCUGGGUUUGAAAAGAAAAGCUCAGGAGGUCCUCAUAUGGUACACUGAAGAAAGCCUCAUGAAGUGAAGGGUGACUCCAAAUGCUUCACCAGUGAUGCUCUUCUUCAUGCUACUUGCACCAAAGCACAGCACAGCAUAUCUUUUCAAGAGCUGAAUACUAAUUUUGUUUCACAAUUGUGUAUAUAAUAUUUAGCUUGGGAUCUAAAAUUAGUGAGAUGGGGCAAAUUCAGAGCUACUUUUGACACUUUGCUCUUAUUUCCUCAUAUAUUGUUGUUGUUGUUGUACCUAUUUAAGUGGGUUAAAAGGGACUGAAUACACGAGAGGGAUGAUUACAGUUAAAUCAAAAACAUGAUGUUCUUGCUACAGUCUACAAAUGUGGGAAAAAGCCCCUUUUACAAAUCAGUUAAAAUGGAAACAUGCAUUGCAUUAAUGACAAAAUAAGGCAUUUUACACUAAAUGGUAACAUUUUGAGGUGCAUUCUUAUUUGUAUAGGAUGGGCGUACAUUUAAAUUUCAUCUCUACUUAAAGGGUUUCCCUUUAAGUAGAGAUGUAGAGCUAAUGCAAGAAAGAAACUUGUCCACGAAGCCAAGCUCUUGGUUGAACUUCAGCGCCCUCUUGUGGUCAAAAGGUGGACUUACAUCGCUACACACAGUCGGUGUGGUUUGUGCUGGUUCCAUAAGAGCUCCCCGACACUCAGCAGCUACCACUGAGAGAAAAUGUAUAUUUGAAAUGUAUUAUCGAGGUAUAAUAUGGAGCGGAGUUAGUGUAAAACCAUUUUAGAUGAAUUCUUGAAGAGCGCUGCCUCACAUGACCGCCUCUGCCAAUGAUAUCCCGCUCUACCAGCGCAGGGCAUCAUGGGUAGAGAGCUACAACUAAAUCAACAACAAACAAUUAUCAGGUUUCGAACCUUAAUAAUAACGCGAAACAUAACAGCGAGUACAUACGUGGAAGUGAAACAUAUAAGAGCUGUUGAAAUGGAAACAACACUUGGAAACCCGGAAAUUGCACCACAAGUCAAACUGUCAUGCGUAUCUCGGUAUAUAUAUUGUGACGUUUUCCGUCUCUUUAGAUGUGUUGUAUGAAAGGAGAGAAGGUUAGCACUCCCCUUGACAAGGAUGGAAUUGGCCCUUGUGGCCAUCAACACACAUACGGUUAAGGCAUUGCCACCUACUUCGUGGCAUCUCUAACCAGAUUUUUUUUUCUCUUCGUCUGUUACAUUUACACUUUUUUAAAACGAUGCCCCAUAUGGCUCAACUUCAUACGUACUAAUCUCAAACUACAUCAGCUGUUCUCAACAACGAGCUUGCUUUGAGACCGGAAGCAAGCUGAAUCUUUUCCCAAGUCUUUGUUUCCGCUGGGCUGGGCAGGACGGAAAAUUUAACUUUUCCUGCUAUGUCCGCUGCUCGUCUCACAGUGAGUAGAAGACGAGUUUGUGAGAGUUAAAAUACAUGUAAAGAUUUAUAAAUCCCACUUUCGGCUGUUGAUAACUGUUGUAACCCUACCGUGUGGGAAUGUGUUUGUUCUAACUGUGCCUUUUCGCUGACAGUAUACUGCAAAGUCUGUUUCUAAUAUUUUAAAUACAGUGUCCGACAGUAACUGAAUUUAACCCACAAUGACAAGCAGAUACAUUUUUAUAGUAUUUCUCAGGCUGUUUGUAAACAAUGUACAACAGAGAACAUGACAGUAACUAUCAUGAUGGUGCUCUGUUUAACUGUAUUUCUUAAUUGUGGGAUGGUCAAACCUCAGGAUAUCAGAAGCCAUUAUCACAAACACCUAGAAACAUUUCUACAACUUGCAUGAUUUUUUUUGUCAUUACUUGUGUUUUACACGUUUGUAAUGUUAUUCUUGAAGGGGCACUAAGUAGUUUUUGAGAAGAUGUUCAAACUCAUAGUUUUAAUAUUCACAAUUUUAAUGGGGAAAAAAAUACAAUCUCCAUGAUUGAAUGUACAAGCUGUUCUUAGAGGAACGUCCCUAGAACACCGUUUGAAGCUAGAAAAGUGGCAGGGUCCGCCAACUAACAACAGUUUGAAAUCAUGUUGUGCUUUAAGGUCAGUUUGAUUAUUAAGUCAUGGAAAUUAAGAGUCUGUUCACUUAGUUUUUUAUUUAGGUAUGCAAAAAUCUGUCAAUAAAGAUCUGUCUUUUGAUAAAGAAAUUCUUCUCCAAAACUAUGCAGUGCAGCUUUAGAGGAUUUGAUUUGGGAUUUAUUGUGCACUCAUUAAGGUCCAGUGCCUGACAGUGUGUCAAACUCACUGUGUACUGUGUUGUGUACUUAAUGCCUCAAAUGUAUCAGUGCCACAAUUUGUAUAAUUGAGACUUGUCUUUUUUUUUUUUUUUUUUAACAAUAAAACAAAAAGACUUGUGUUGAGAAUAAACAGGACAAUAAACACA